AUGUUCACUGACCAUAUACUGGAUUUUUCCGGGCACUACAUGUAUUCUGUAAUGGCUCAAAAUAACCUGAUAAAGAGUAUAGAGUCCCUGAGGAAUACAAUUUCUCACAGAUUUCCCCGAUCGUCAGUGACAGCCACAACGUCUUUACCUCAGGAUGCCUCGACAGAGAUCAUCGAAAUCAAUCGGUUGAAGCCGAGGGACAACUUGCCCGUUCAAAAUGUAGAGGUGGCUUUCGUUGACGGACGUGUCCGUCUCGCGAGAGAACAAGAGAACUUAAAUUCAAGUUGGUUAAGAAUGGUUGCUCUCGCCAACGACUGUCAGAGCUGCAACGUUCUAUUGGCCCCAGUGGAAAAAGGCGUGGUCGUAAGAACAAUCCGGCAUAUUGCACCCGGUGAAGAACUGCUUUUGUGGUUCACAGAAAAGGUUCUGGCAAUGAUGAACAUACCGUUCCUGACUCCGGCCAACAUUCAAGGUCAAAACAGCUACGUGUGUCAUCGAUGCAGCAUUUUAUUCGAAUAUCCCAACCCGCUGAAGGUGCACAUGGCGCUCCAAUGUGACACGUUGGAUCAGGCCUAUCUGUGGACUCUUUUAACCGAGGAAUUUGAGAAGGUUCAGACGCCAAGUUUAUCAACGAAUACAAUGCCUUCAGUGAUGACAAUAUUUCAAUUCAAAUUGACCGACCCACAGGAAAAAUCAGUCCAGCAAAUUUCACCAAUCCUGAGUGAUACUUUCCACGGGUCCUCGCCAAGUCACUCCCCAAGUUCUUCGGUCGCGACUUCACCGGUCGUCGAGCACUUGAGCUUGGGACAUUCGGCGUUCAAGCCUUAUUUGCAACCCGCGGUGCAAGAUAACGUCGCGGUGCCAAUUUACACACCGGAAAUAAGGAGCUGCAGACCCACGAUGGUCCAGUCUGUGUAUCCAGUGCCACAGACUCACUUGGCACCGGAACUACACGCGGCGCAGAUGGAGACGAUCGUGAGUAAUCUUGGCAAGUCCAAGCAGGGACACCUUUGCAUAUACUGCGGAAAAGUUUACUCGCGAAAAUACGGACUCAAGAUACACAUCAGAACCCAUACUGGAUAUAAGCCUCUGAAGUGUAAAUACUGUCUGCGACCUUUCGGCGAUCCAAGUAAUCUCAAUAAACACGUUCGGUUGCACGCGGAAGGAGACACGCCUUACAAAUGCGAACUCUGCGGCAAGGUCUUGGUAAGGCGAAGAGACCUCGAACGUCACAUAAGAUCAAGACACCAGGACGCAGCGGAGCACUUCGAAUUAUCGGAUGCAUCAUCAGACAGCAUGGACGUCGAAUGAUGCAUUUUGACCCAAACUUGUCUUAUCGUGUUUAAUGGUAAGCUUUAGUCAAUAUGUACGGAGG